AUACAUCAUUAUUAAAGAAUAAAUAAAGGAAGGAGGUCCACGGAGAUCAUUAAGGGUUGUGAAAACCAAGGAAGUGGGAGGGUUGGUGCCCUGAGGGAUUGAGUCGCCGAGAAAAGAGCCCGAGAGACGGCGAUUGUGAGCGUGAAGUUUGAAACAGAGUAACCCUCAUAUCAGGAAGGAGGAAACAAAACGUCUUUUAAAAAAGUGUUCGCUUUAAUGUUUUAGGUCAAUUUUACUGAGGGUACACUCAACGUGCAGUCGGGGCAUCAUGAUUCAAAAAUAAGCCCGUUCCAGUCACGUGAUAUGUCAACUGAAUUAACGGGAACCCUUCGGCGUGACGGAAAUGACGGCGUUUGUUUAAUGUAUCUCUCUUAGCAACGGGGUGCCCGGAAAACCACCAGCUGUUGGUGAACCAAGAUUUUGUUCGAAACGUUGCAAGAACAAUAUAACAGCGGUGGAAUUUGUUCAGUAGGAGGUGUCUUACUGCUACUCUGCCUUCACAACAAAUAAAAUGCCAGCUGCCUACGGACUGGAAAAGGGCAACCAGAAACUUCUGGCGACUAUGUAUCAAAGACCUAAGAAGGAUCAUAGAGUAACUGAAGGUUUCACAGUGAAAGCCAUGAUGAAAAAUUCCAUUGUCGUUGGUCCUUCAUCUGCAGGAUCUUUUCGCGAGAGACCCAGUGGACCUACAGCAUUUCGCAAGUGUUAUAAACGAGGCGAUUUCCCUAUUGCCUUAGAACAUGGUUCACAUGGAAAUCGAAUAGCCUGGAAGGUGGAGAUUGAGAAAUUAGACUAUCAUCAUUAUCUGCCUCUGUUCUUUGAUGGUCUCUGUGAUACUGCACACCCAUAUGAUUUCUUUGCGCGGCAAGGAAUACAUGACAUGCUAGAACACGGUGGCAUGAAGAUUCUUCCAGUUAUCCCCCAGCUAAUCAUCCCAAUAAAAAAUGCACUCAACACUCGGAACAAGCAAAUCAUUUGCACCACAUUGAAAGUGCUCCAGCACCUGGUUGUGUCAGCUGACAUGGUGGGUGAGGCCCUGGUGCCUUAUUACCGUCAAAUCCUCCCCGUCUUGAAUAUCUUCAAGAAUGUAAAUGUCAAUACAGGAGAUGGCAUUGACUACAGCCAACAAAAAAGAGAAAACAUUGGAGACCUGAUUCAGGAGACUCUGGAGAUCUUUGAACUCUAUGGAGGAGAAGAUGCCUUCAUUAACAUCAAGUACAUGAUCCCAACUUAUGAGUCAUGUAUUUACAACUGAACCAAAUAAACAGGUCUGAAGAAGUAUGUUGUAUUAAUUUAUGUAAGUAGGAAUUAUGUAAGACUAAAUGCAUCAAUUACACCAUCAAAUGAAUCACAAUUGUGUUCUUGUUUCCUUUAUUGUUUAUCAACAAUUGUUUCUUUAUGAGUAUGUGCAUUUAAACUGCCAUUGGAUUCAAACCUCAGAUGCUCUGAACAAUAAAAACAAUUUCC